UGGCGCCCAAGGCGGGGCCGGAGAAGAGCCUCGGCGGCGGCGGCGGCGGCGGGGCCAUGGCGGAGGAGGGGGCGGCGGCGGCCGAGGCGGGGGGCCCCGCGUGGGCGUCGGGGGUGCCGCUGUCGGCGCUGAACGUGUCCGUGCGGCGGCGCCUGGGGCUGUUCCUGGACCCGCGGGCGGCGGUGGCGGCGGACUGGGCGGCGCUGGCCGAGCGGCUGGGCUACGAGUACCUGGAGAUCCGGCGCCUGGAGGCCCAGCCCAGCCCCACCGCCCGCCUGCUGGCCGAGUGGCCCUCCCGGUACCCGGGCCAAGCCUCCGUGGGCCGCCUGCUGGAGCUCCUGCGCGCCCUCCAGCGCCACGACGCCCUCCACGACCUGACGCCCAGCAUAGAAGAGGAUUGUAAGAAGUACCUGGAGAGAAAACGGCAGGAGGCUGAGCGGCCGGUUCAAGUCCCAGCGGUGGACAGCAGCGAACUGAGGACGCUAGAGCACAAGAACCUCACGCAUAAAGGCGAUCCCUUAGGGCAGAAGCCAGAGCUGUUUGACGCCUUCAUUUGUUACUGCCAGCAGGAUAUUGAGUUUGUGCAAGAGAUGAUCCACGAACUGGAGCACACGAACUACAAGCUGAAACUCUGCGUCUUCGAUCGGGAUGUUCUUCCGGGAUCGUGCGUGUGGACCAUCACCAGUGAGCUAAUAGAGAAACGGUGCCGGAGGAUGGUGGUCGUCAUUUCAGAUGAUUACCUCGACAGCGAAGCGUGUGAUUUCCAGACCAAGUUUGCCCUCAGCCUGUCUCCUGGGGCUCGUAUGAAGCGGCUUAUUCCGGUGAAGUGCAGGACGAUGGCGAAGCAGUUCCCGAGCAUUUUGAAGUUCAUCACAGUCUGCGACUACACCAACCCGCACACCCAGAAAUGGUUUUAGAUGCGGCCAGCCAAAUCUAUCUUGCUCCACAUGAUUGUUCCGAAACUGGCAGGAUGGAAGCUUUAGGAGGGAGGGUACGUGGGUCCCCCAUCCCUCUGCGACCUUUGGCAGGAAAGAUACCAGCUUGUGCUGAAUUUACGUCCCCGCAUCGACUGUCAGUCUCUCUCAAUGCCUGACCAGCUCAGAACAGGAUGUCUAGGAAAUAAUCGCUCUCCUCGUAAAACCUGGGAUGCUUAUGUCUGCAUUCGUACACCAUGCGGCCUUUACCAGCUGGGGUUUCAUUUGAGUAAGAGAACGUUAAACGGCUGCAGCAAGUGGAACAUCCCUUAGAUUCUGUAAGGUUCUGGGCGGCAUCUCUUUCCAAAGAGCACAGAAAUGCUCUUUACCGACCUGCACCUUCUGUUUGGGCAGACCUGCCGUUCUCUGUGUUGCAACUGUGAAUUCCAGCAGCAGAAACAUCCCCUUGGCCUGCGAGGGUCCCAAUCUGAACACUUAAGAGCUGCCAGCGCACAAAUGAUGGAAAAGGAAUAUGCCGGUGUGAAUAGACAAACCUCCCGAUUCUGGACUUGCCGGCAAGGGGGUCGAACGUUUCUGGGCAGGUCGCGAAAUUUGUAUUACCCAUCACUUGCUGUAUACACAAGUCUUCUGUGUUUGAAUGAGUUUCCUCACUGAUCCCAGAAUGAUAAUCGCUAUUGCGAGCGUCUGGCUAUUAAAAUGCGCCCUCUUUGGCCUUGCUGACUCUACACUGUGAAUCCACCCAGGGGUUAUUUUGCGUUGGCAAAGGAUCACACUUACAAGCUUUGUGUUUAGCCAAAAAUGUGCCUUGUGAAGUGUUGGGGCUUUCUCCUCAGUCCCUCGGUUGUCAUAGCCAAGCUGCAGUUUGUGUAUUUGAAUCCGGGCUUCACCGUUUGGCUCGCUGUCUCU